UCAGGUACCUAGAAUGUUCAUGGAUUAACUAGGUAAUAAGUGUCCCAUAAUCGAAGUACUUGAAUUCCACUGGAACUUAAGAAGUCAAGUUAUCGAUUUGAUUGCACGAGGCAGCUUUCAAGCAACACUCGGCAUCACAAGUCGAUCGGACAUAGAUUUCUACAUAACUGCUAGUCUCGAUUUCGUCAAGGAUUACAAUUCCCAAGAUGGUUGUACUCGACAAACUUCCAGGUCUAGAUGUCACUAUUCGAGUGAACGGAGUCCAAGCUCAGGAAUAUGAUGACGAUGAAGAUAUAGAGGUUGGACCGGGACGGAGCGGCGCACAUCAAGCUUUGAGAACAGUAUCUAAGUAUAUUGAAGCCAUCGAUGGGGCCGAAUUCAGCAUUGUUUGCACUUUGUUACACAAAUUCAAGUUCAGAGCGCCAAACCUCCAAGCAGUUGUAUCCGUCGAUGGCAAUUAUUCUCAAGGGAAAAUCAUCGCACCCGAAGAAAGAGGAAGAUCCCCAACGCAAUUUGACGGCCCAAUCAAUUUCCAUCCCAUCGGAAACCGGUCUACAGUACAAAAAUACAGGUUUUCUGAGCUCCGCAUAUCGAGCGAAGAAGGUCGACUCUCGAACCUGAAAAAGGAUAAGGCCGAAGCCGAGAAGGUUGGUACAAUUGAGAUCAGAAUCUGGCGCGCUUCCAAAUCAGUACCAGCCGAGUCUAUAUAUCGCGAUGAUAUUAAGUCGAGUUCCAAUGAGUUCCAUGAGAAAACUCUCAAAGGACAAGCGAAAUCACACAAAGUUUCGUAUUCCCCAGAAAUUACUACUUCCAACCCGAGAUGGGUAAAUGUCACAAAACUCGACGGCAAAGAUUACCCCAUAGCCAUUUAUAAGUUUAAAUAUCGAUCAAGAGAAUCUCUUAAGCAACUAAUGAUCAUUGAGCGGACCCCCGAACCGGAAGAUAGCCCAACACCAAGUCCUGCACCAGAUGUUAAUCUCGAUAAUCUGACCGCUGCUCAAAAGGAGCGCCUCAAGGCAUUUCUGCGCAACGAAGGAAUCGCUGCGGAUCGCGCGUCUAAUACACCCGAGAGAAAAAUCAAGCGAGAGCGAGAGCACGGUGAAGGCAGCUCAAACCAAGCACGACAAAAGAAGUCCAGAACUACAGAGGUCGUUGAUCUUACUGCAGAUUCUGACGAAGAUGCGUGAUAGUGGAGCCACAUCUGCAAAUUUAAAUCGGCUGGGAUAUCAUUUUCAUUUUGCUCGGGGGCGUUCUCUGUUUGCUAGUCAAAAUUUUGUUCGUCAAAUAUACCCCGAUUAUUUAUUGAGUAUGGGAAGAUAUUCAAUGAGUUUGAUGGCGUAACGGAGGGGAUGGAAAGACAAUUUUAAUGGCCCAAUGGCUCAAUGACACAACGGCGUCACGUCAGUUCAAUUUUGAAUUCAUAUUUUUAUUUGGCCU